AUGCAGGCAGCCACACAAAAUGAUGACAAAAAAGACGCACAUAGCAAUGUGGCACAGGGGAAUACAGUGACACCAGCAACCACUCCUUUCUCCACACCAAGGCGUCAUAAUAACAAUUUGUCGCAGGAGGUGCGUUGUAUACCUAAACCCCCGAGACUGAAUGUGGUGCCGAGUUCUGCACGGACCAUUGCGUCUGGUUUCCCGUCGUUGGCCCCACCUGGGGUCUCCAAGGUCUCAGAGGAAACAGAGGUGAUGAAAAAGCCUUAUGAGAGUAGGACCAACAGUAUUGAUGGUAUCAAUGGCUUCGAGAAGGAACUGUCACCUUUCCCAGUGAAGCCUCCUUUAUUUUCCGUACAAGGCUCUCACAAUAGUCAGGCCGGGAUAUGUGCCAAGACGUCUCUGUAUAGUCGAGGUUCCGCAAGGGACACUGAAUUGAAACGUCUUCGUCAGCAAUAUAAGGAGGAACUAGACAAGUCUGCGACGCUCCUCAGCAUGUUGACAAACGCACAACAACGCAUUCAUCUUUACGAAGACAUUGUUUGCCAGCGUCUGCUUACACCAGAAAACAAGUCACCAACCCCUGUCUUUAGAGACGGUACAGGGUACGACACAGAGAACGGUGGAAAGAAGACAAUGUUGGAGUGGUGGAUGCUGCUGCCGUUCUUCCCUGAUCUUAAAUAUGAAGGCCGUGAGGACAACGAAGUUCUCCGGGAUGUUGCAAUUCGCCUCGCCGAGCAGCAGCAUUCGCUGGCCCGCAUAAAGGUCAGUGUUUCGCCACCUCCAUGCCUUCCUUCGAUGUAUGACGGGUCGGAAGAUAAUGAUAGCAGUUUUUGCCGCGUCCUUGUACCCCCUGAGCUGCGCGGCAACAUGACAUUCAGUGAUGGCAAACACUAUACUUUAAGGAGUUAG